AUGGAAGAAUUAAUUCGAUCAGUUAUACAAUUUGAUGGUGCUCUAAAUCAAGAUGUUAUUCAAUGGCUAGAAUAUAUUGAAGAAGUAUUUGAUCGAGUACAAUUACAAACAUCAAAUAAAUAUAUUGCUAUACAAUACUUUUUAACUAAUAGUGCUGCUACGUGGUUUAAAUAUAAGAAAUCAAAUAUUCCUGAUUGGUUUACAUUUAAACGUGAACUUAUUGAAGCUUUUCAAUCGUCGUCCUCCUUUUCCUCAUCACAUCUUCUUGAUCAACAUCAAUUAAUACUUAAAGAAGAACCACAAAAACUUGAACAAGAACAAGAUAUAUUACCUGUUCCUGCAUCGACUUCAACAAUAUCCAACAAGAAAAAUGAUAGUGAAAAUUAUCAAUUAGAUUUACUUCAUGAUGGUUCGAUUAAAUCAUUAGAAAAUUUAGAAGUUGAUAAUUUAGAAGAUAAAUGUUUACGUGAACAUGAACAAGGUUAUUACUCAUCUAUGUUAGUUAAUACUAAUGAUUUUGAUCUGGAUAUUCAACAUCAAGAUGCAGAUGCAGCAGAUAGUUGUGAUACACAACAACAAGGCGAAUCUGUUAUUAAUUCUGAUUCUGUUCAAACUGAUAUUGAAGAUACUUUUGAAGAUUUUACUCGACCUAUGGAUAGUUUAACAGAUAAUGAUUCAUUAAUUAAUAUUGUUUUACCACAUGAUGUUCAAUAUUUAUGGUCUGAUAAAUAUAAACCACGUCCACCUCGAAUUCUUAAUAAAGCUCCUGCUGUUUAUAAUUGGAACCGAUAUAAUAAGCUACAUUGCAAUAAAGAUGACUCAUCACCACCAACUAUUCAAGAGAAUCAAUUUAAUACUGUUAGUAAAGGAUGGAAUUACACAUAUAAUCAUGGACUUCGAUUUUAUUUUUAUAAUGAAAUGAUUCAAUUAAGAUUUUCUUUUCGUAAAUGGAAAUAUCGUCUCUCAACUUUAUUUUGUUUUCGUAAAUGGAAAUAUCGUCGAUGA